GGAGGAGGAGGUGGAGGCACUGGCCGAGUCACGGGGGCUGGCCGACAUGACCAGCACCACUGGAAGUGCUCCCAGCCUGGGACCCCCCAGUGCCCCAAUCGGAGCUGCUGGAUCUGGAUCCGGCACACUGGAGGGCACCUUGAGCAAGUGGACCAACGUGAUGAAGGGCUGGCAGUACCGCUUCUUUGUGCUGGACGAGAACGCUGGCCUGCUGUCCUACUACACGUCGAAGGAGAAGAUGAUGAAGGGGGUGAGGCGCGGCUGUGUGCGCUUGAAGGAUGCGCUAAUCGGGAUCGACGACCAGGAGGAUAACACGUUCACGAUCACCGUGGAUCACAAAACCUUCCACUUUCAGGCGCGGCACAGCGAGGAGCGGGAGCAGUGGGUGCGCCGCCUGGAGGACACCAUUCGACGCCACGCGAACCGGUCGCGUCUGUGGGACAGCCAGAGCGCCUUCUACAACGCCGGCGGCUACACGAGGGAAGUGGGCGGAGCCGUAGUGGGCGGCCGACGACCCAACCACCUGGAGCUGGUGGCGCGCCGCGUUUCCGAGGCGGAUGCCUACCUCCAGCUGAUGAUUGAACAGACGAGCUUGCUGGACAAACGCAUCGCGGAGCUGACCGAUCCGGCCGAGCAGUCCAAGUGCAAGGCCCUGCAGGACAACGCCAGUGCCAUGCUGGAUCACAUCAAGCACUCGAUUGUCAGCCUGCAGAUUGCCAAGAACAUGGCCCACCCCAUCAAUGGAAUCUACAACGGCCCACCGGCCACUGCCUCGACCAGUUCCUCGGCCAGCGGAGCUGCUGGGAGCAGCAACAACGUCCAGGCGGGUGGCCUAAAGGUGCCCCUGGAGGGCCAACUGGGCGCCAAGGGAGAGCUGGGCGACGACGAGGACGACUCGGCCACUGAGAACGCCACCACCGCUCCUCUCGGUCUGGUUGUGCCGGAGACCUCCUACUCAAGCAGCGAGGGCGAGGAGGACUUCUACGAUGCCUACGACGAUCCCUUCACCAGCCUUGGCAGCUCCCCGAUUGGCUGCGCCACUCGCGGCUUCUCGGAAACCACAUCGCCCACCCACGAGAAGGUUCCGGAUGGCUUCGCCAACGCCGAGCCAGUGCCUCUGGGCGAAUCAGUUGCCCCCCAACCGCUGCCGGAGAUCGAUGAGAGCGUGGCCGAUGCGGACACCAGCGCUAAGACGCCCAGGACAGCGGCCAGUUCCCGAAGUGCCAGCUACGACAAUGGAAUAGACUACGACGCCUUGUAUGAGGAGGAGGAGGAGACGGACCUCAGCAUGGAGGCGCACGGCUCGAUGAUCACGCACCUGCUGUCGCAGGUUAAGAUCGGCAUGGACCUCACCAAAGUGGUGCUGCCCACGUUUAUCCUAGAGCGCCGCUCGCUGCUGGAGAUGUACGCCGAUUAUUUUGCCCAUCCCGAUCUGUUUUUAAAAAUAGCGGAUCUCGAUGAUCCGCGCGACAGAAUCGUCCAGGUUUGUCGCUGGUAUAUGAGUGCUUACCAUGCGGGACGCAAAAGUGCAGUAGCCAAGAAGCCCUAUAAUCCCAUUUUGGGCGAAGUCUUUCAGUGCCAUUGGGACAUUCCUGGGGAAUCCCAAGAUGCCCAGGAGGUGCGCGACGGCCCAGUGCCUUGGUGCCGGAGGGAUCAGCUCACCUUUUUGGCUGAGCAGGUGUCGCACCAUCCGCCAAUUUCUGCCUUCUAUGCGGAGCAUUACAAUAAGAAAAUCACGUUUGCGGCCCAUGUAUGGACCAAGUCGAAGUUCUUGGGCCUCUCAAUUGGAGUUCACAACAUCGGCGAGGGCGUUGUGACCCUGGUGGAUCGAAGCGAGGAGUACAUAGUGACCUUCCCCAACGGAUACGGCAGGUCUAUUUUAACGGUGCCUUGGAUUGAGCUCGGCGGCUCGGUGGAGAUCAAGUGCCCACAGUCGGGAUACUAUGCCAACGUGGAGUUCCUCACGAAGCCCUUCUAUGGCGGAAAGCGCAAUAGGGUCUCUGCCGAGGUUUAUGCUCCCAGCGAGAAGAAGCCUUUUGUCUCGAUUGCCGGCGAGUGGAGUGGUUUAAUGGAGGCCAAGUGGCACGAUAAAAACAAAACCGAAGUAUUCGUCGACGUAAAUCGCAUACCCAUAUUUAAGAAACAAGUUCGACCAAUCGUUGAGCAGGAUCAGUACGAGUCGCGACGCGUUUGGAAGGAAGUGACGGCGGGACUCAAGUUCAACGACAUCGAGCGAGCCACCACGGCCAAGUAUGUGGUGGAGCAGCAGCAGCGUGAGCAGGCGAAGGUGCGCAAGGAGUACGACCUGGCCUGGGAGCACAAGCACUUCAAGCCCGUGGGCGAUAACUGGAUCUACGCCAAGCCGCUGAGUCAGCGCAUGUAUCUGCAGGAGCGGGAGGCCAAGAGAUAAUGCCAGCGACU